AUGGCUCCACCGACGUGGGCUACAGCUGAGCAAGAAGCCGUCCUGAUGUCAAUGUUGGCUGAAUAUCGCACUUACAUGCCGUCAAAAAAUUACACGCAGUUCUGGCCCAAAAUCAACCAGAAAUUCUUCGCCCAAUGGCCAGUCCAUAAAGCAUACUAUCCUGAUGUUGAUGAUGAGGACGAGCUGACCAAGGAGCAGAAGGAGGUGUAUAAGACACCGUUGAAAACCCGAAAAAAACAAAUCACGUCUUGGUAUCGGUGGCAGACAAACCCCGCGUGUCUUACACGUUCGGGUGGUUCCAGAGGAGUCCUUGACAUAAAACAAACUCUUGCAGGAGGCACGUCCAUGAAAGGUCCCCGUGCACCGAAGGAGGUCGAGGUUUACUCACAGAUGUACUAUGCUGACCACGUCAAGCAGUCAGCUGACGAUGCGAUUGCAGAUAGUGGAAUUACCUCUUGUGGUUCUAAGCUCCGCAUGUGUCGGGAGAUCACUGCAGAGAAAUACGAUGCAGAGUCAAUUGACGUCAAAGAGAAGGUUAAGAAGGAGCACCGAAAGUUGCAAAAGAAGUUCAAAAAAGCCCAAAAGGCCGCUGAGGCAAGGGAAGAGGUGGACGACGAUACAAAGAUUAAGGCAAUCCAUGAGCUUCCAGUGAUGUUAGAUCGUAUCUUCCGACACUUGAGUCAUAUGACUGGUGGAUGGAAGUUCUCCGUCCUCAUGGGUGGCCGCGAUCCAGAAGCUGGGGGUAAUAUGCAAUUCUUCGAUUAUCACCUUGGUGAAUGCGCCGCUGGUGACCAGUUUGCAGAGUCAUAUGUGAUGUACAGUGAGAUUCUUAAGGUGUUUGCGAGUUUCGUGGACAGCACCAUCAAAUACGAGGACUCUCUCCCAGCUACCAACUGCAACCACGACAGAGAUGUUGAAUGCAGCGAUAACAACUCGGCAGGUGAGGGUUCAGAUACUGAGGCGGAUGAGGAUCGCACUGGCGAAAGUACCGCUGCUGGAAUAGAGGAGUGGAACACGCUUUAUCAGUUGACUCCGAAUGAGUGUAAUGCAUCACAAGACGAGUAUAAUGCAUCACACAUGGAGUUGAACUUAGUCUCUUCCAUGGAUGGGUUUAGUCAGGCAUCCAAGCCGUUGGAUUACGACAUUGACUACAACAGUCUCCAACCUGCGGAUUAUGAGGCUGCGAUGCUCUCUCUUCUGGAGAUGCCUAGCAUGGAUUCAGAGGGUGCUAGUUCACAUCUGCCUUUUCUACCUCCUGUAGAGCGUGAGGUUCCAGUUCCUCCAUUCAUCUGGCCUACUCCAUUUGUCUGGCCCACACCUCCUACUCCCCUUGCUUUUCAGACGGACGCAGUGCCCCAUGGGUCUCAGCCUCCUGUGGCUCAUACUCAAAUGCCUACACCUCCUGCUCCCCCUGCAUCGCAACCAGGCCCUUUAGCACCUGCAACACCCAGACCUACUAGUCCCUCUACUUUCGAGCCAGAUACAGCGAUCCCUGCGCCUCAGGCUCAACCUCCUGUGAGAACUGAAGCUCUUGUUCCUACUCCCCCUGCCACAUCUAAGGCUCCUGAGAUGCCUAAACCUCCUCUCGCUGGAUCUCAGACAGACCCAGCGGUACUUGGGCCCCAGCCUCCUGUAACCAUUGAAGCUCCUGCUCAUACUCCCUCCGCAAUGCCUAUACCUCCUGCUCCCCCUGCAUUUCAGAAGGCACCUGCCUCUGAACCUUGUGCUCCCUCUGCAUCUGUAGAAGCUCCUGCUCAUACUCCCUCUGCAAUGCCUAUACCUCCUGCUCCCCCUGCAUCUCAGAAGGCACCUGCCUCUGAACCUUGUGCUCACCAUGUUGAAGAUGAGCAGCCUGGUGCUCGGCAUACUGGUAGGGCGCGCUGA